AUGGUGCUUCAUCGGGCCAUCCAAGCCGCUCGGGCCGGCGACGUUGUGACCUUGAGGGCGCUAGCAUCUUCUGGUCAUCUCUCAAGGACAGUUGUUGACGCACAGGGAGCCGGCCCGGUGCACCAUGCAGCGAGAUGUGGGCGCUUAGAGUGUCUGCGGUUUCUGGUGGGUGAGCUGGGUCUGCCAGCAGAUGCAAGGGCCUACAACAGAGCCACCCCUGCGCACGAUGCUGCUGCUACUGGCAACAUCCAGGAGCUGCAGUGGCUGGUGGCUCAUGGAGGCUGCAACAUCGAGGAUCGGGACGCAGCUGGUGCCACUGCGCUUCAUCUCGCAGCUCGGUUCGGGUGCAGCGACGUGAUGAGUUGGCUGCUCUCUGUCAGUGCCGACCCAGAAAUCCAAACUCAGUGCGGAGCUGUACCCGCUCACUACGCAGCAGCUAACGGAGAGCUCAACUGUUUGCAAAUGCUGGUUCAGCAAAAACCCGACUGUGUAAACCACCAGACUGGAAUGGGUGCCACCCCUCUGUACCUGGCCUGUCAGGAGGGGCAUCUCUAUCUGGUGGAGUACCUUGUCAAGGACUGUGGAUCUGACGUGCGGCUCAGGGCCAAUGAUGGCAUGACCUGCCUGCACGCUGCUGCCCACAUGGGUCACCAAGCGGUUGUGGUGUUACUGGUGACCUCAACUGAAAUCGACCCGUCUUGCCAGGACAGGGAAGGAGCAACCGCCCUGCAUUUUGCCGCCAGUAGAGGGCACUAUUGCAUCUUAGAGUGGCUGCUUCACAAUGGUGCAAGGGUCAUCAAGGAUUACUGGGGUGGGACCCCACUCCAUGAUGCUGCUGAGAACGGAGAGCUGGAGUGCUGCAAAGUCUUGCUGGAAAGUCAUGCCAACCCUUCAGACAAAGAUAUUGACGGUUUCACCGCAGCAGACUUGGCUGAGUACAAUGGUCACCAUGAAUGUGCCAGAUAUCUCCGCGCCAAGGAGAAAAAUACAACUGCUGAAGACCCCAACUUUGAGUCCAUCCCCGCAGUGGAGGGCGACUGGAAGGCGACAGCUACAGUGUUGCCAGCGAGUCACCGAGCAGAUUACUACGGCAGCCUGAGCGACACAUGCAGCAAACCCAUGGACAGUUUAAAGAAACCUGAGAGCGAGGAGUGUCCACAGGCCAGAUAUCCCCUUGGACCAUCUCUACCUUCACCGGGCCAAUCUGAUAAAACCACCGUCAAAAGAUUAGAGCAGGUUCAAGUGGCAUCAUCGGUCAUCAAAGGUUUCAGUCACCCACAAGCAACUGCCGGUAGGAGGACUGUCUCUGCGGAUCAGAAGAUGUUACCUGAUACCAACGUGCUCACUGAGGGCAAACUCAGCAACAUGAAGUCCAUCCAGUCUUUGAAGCAAUCUGGACUGACGGGCGUCUUCACUGGACACGCCAACAAGAUGGUAGUGCUGCCAACCGAGGAGGCAAACUUGUCGGACAUCGAUUACCUGGUGCCGACCCACGACGAGAGGGGGCGUCCCAUCGCUGAGUGGAAGAGGCAGGUGAUGGUGAGGCAGCUGCAGGCCCGGCUGCUGGAUGAGGAGGACCAGAGACGGAAGGAAAAUGGGAAUCGAUAUGCCAAAGUUACCUGGAGGUUCUCCCAAGCCCACAACGCCAUCCUAGGUCCCUCUGGCGAGCUGCUGACUGAGGACGACCUCAUCUAUCUGGAACAGCAGAUUGCCAACGUCUCCAUGCAAAGACACUGUGAAGGUUACCAGCUGGAACUGGCACGUCUGGCAGAGGAGCUCCGCCACAUUCUCCCCGCUCCCAUCGUCAACAUCACGGUCAACACGCAGUUCAGGAACUUCACGAGUCAGGUCCCUCUGCCCGGCUGGUGCGGCCGCAUCUCCGGCAUCGUUCAAAGCAUGUCUCUGCUCCUGAGCAACCUGACCGACCAGCCGUACUGCAAAAUGCCCAACACUGAUCUGAUCACGGUCUUCUCACAGACGCCCGACCGGCAGACCUCCACCAGGGGGCGCAGGGAAAGAAUAGAGAAUGAGAUCCAAGAGUUCGGAGUCUCAGUCAGGAAUUUAAAGUCUAAUUUCGAAUUACAGAACUCACAGUUGUCUGAUGAACCUGUGGAGGCCGUUGAGCUGUGUGCUUCUCCUCCUCCUCUAGACAAACAGAGUCCUCCGAAACUCCUCAACCCAAGUCCCGAGACUGACCGCAACAGCGACUCCGGUAUCGACUAUGAUGAGAAUGUCCCAGAUGUUUUAGAGACGACCAGCCUGAGGAAGGAGCGUAUUGUAGUGCUGUUCUUGGGCCACUGGAAGAAGUCUGCUUACACGGUGACGCUGAAGAGCAGGGAUGGAGCGGAGAGGAAGCUGAGCGCAGGAGAGGCAGGAGUGGGUUGCAAAGCUGAAAUGCAUUGUGGUAGCAAUGUGGAGAGCGCCCAGGCCAAGAUGAUGAACAGUUCUUUGGGGCAUUUCUUCAAGCAGAGAAGUGCUGUCAACAAGAUGCUUGGCAACUGGAGAAGUAUGAUCUCCAGCGUUCCAUCCAGGCAGAUACGACGGCUGCACAGACAACAGGCCCUGUAUUCGCCUGAGCAGUUUCUUCCGCGUCUGGACGGUGUGCCUGUGGAGUACGACAAGUUGACCCUGGAUCUCUUCAUGCUGGGCUACUUCCACAUCCUGGAACUGGAGCUGCCGGUGGAUGAGCGUAAGAUGAGGCACCUGCUAUGUUUCGAGGUGUUCGACCACGUGGGGACCUUCCCCUGGGAACUGGUGAGAGACUUCCACAAGGCCGUCAUCCAGGACAUCGAGGCCGGGAACCGCGAGUGGAAGGACGGUUUUGAGGACAUUAAAGUGAAGUUCUUUGGGACUGCUUCAAAUUGUUCUGACACCACUGCUGAAGUGGAGAAGCCCAGUCUUCCAGAGUUGCGGCAGGUGCCCAAAGUCAUCGUCCAGACCCCAACCCCAGAUGAGAGCAUGGUCUACAAGGGUACAGACAUUUCAAGUUUUAGCAAUGAAGAAAUUUGUAAAUACAUCGACCGCAGUUUUGCAUUUUGGAAAGAAAAAGAAGCUGAGAUUUUUCAUUUUGAGUAAUUUACUCUUUUGAUACUUUUGUAGAUUUUUGAGUCUCGGGCUGGGUAUCGAAUCAAUUCAACUUUACAUUGUGAAAUGUGGUUUUAUAAAUGCAAAAUUAAGCCAGAAAUGUAGCCAUGAGGACAAAUCUUUGAUUCAAUGUUUUUACUUAAUUUAUUUUUUAUAUGAAUCUUAAUGGAUGUCAAAAACAUAUUCAAAUUAAUGUGUACAUAAAUACAUUUGCUAGUCACCCCUUGCUUACACAUACCCAGCCCAGUAAAUACGUGAAUCCUGCCAGUGUUCGUGUGUUAAACUGACAAUAAAGCAGACUCAGACUUAACUCUUACAGCCCUAUGUUCCACAUACUUCUACAAUAAACAACUC